UCUUUUGCUCAUUUUCAAAAAUGUUCAAAAAUACAUCUCAAAUUACAUUAAGGACAUUUUCGAAUUUUCAAAAAUUUAUCUAACUUUAUUAAAUGCCCAUAUCUACAAGCCAAUUAAUUCUUGUUAAAUUAAAAAUAUUGAAUUAACAAAAAAGACUACACACGCAAUUAUGCAGAAGAUCGUGCUACGUGCUUAGUUUCGCUGGAAGUUAGUCACUUAUUUGUCGUUUUGCAUCCCGUGGGACCCAUCCACACUUCAGUGCCAUCCAGGUGGAUUUUAUGGAUUCGCUGGCAUUGCUGUUUCUGGAGUAAACGACAGCAAGAGUCUUCCUUGAUUCUUUCUUUAAUUAAACCGAAACACGUAAAACGACAUCGUGGCUUCUUCUUCUUCCCUCUUCCUCACAAUCACUAUCAUAAACUACAACUUCAUAACAGAAAAUUAGGAUUCGUUAAUUGAAUCUUCAAUUUCAACUCAAGCUCUUCAUUUUGAUUUGUGAUGUUAUGUCUUCUUCUUCUUCAGCACCUCAUUACAGUUCUCUCCCUUCAUUUUCAAACUCCACACCUCCAAACUUCAUCUCACGCGCCACCGCAACAACAAAACCCGUAUCCGUCACGCGCAGACCAUGGGAAGAAGUUUUCGCACUCUACUCUUUCACGCGCCCUUACUCAAUCGGCGAAGCCAGCUCGCGCGUGAAGCGGAACCUCAACCACUUCCGCGUUAACUACAUCAUGAUCGUCCUCUUCGUCUUGUUCCUAAGUCUCCUAUGGCAUCCUGUAUCGAUCAUCGUUUUCUUGGUCUCGCUGGUAGCUUGGUUUUUCCUCUAUUUCUUCCGCGAAGAACCGCUUGUUGUGUUUGGACGUUCAAUCGACGAUAGGGCUUCCGCGGCGGUGCUUGCGGUGGUGACUGUGGUGGCCUUAGGGUUUACCGGUGUAUGGGUGAACGUGUUGGUUUCGGUUGUGGUUGGGGUUUUGGUUGUUGUGUUGCACGCUGCGUUUAGGAGUACGGAGGAUUUGUAUGUGGAUGAACAUGAGGGGUAUGAUGGAGGGUUGCUUUCCUUUGUUGGGGGUACCCCUACAAAACGUACUACAGGGCAAGGUUUUAAAUAACUCGCGGUCGUUUUCGCAAUGAAUCCCUUGUUAGUUUACAUUCGUUUAUAAAAAUACAUUUAAUUUGUUCAAGGGAAAUUGAAUUGUUCCUGUAUUCUUAAUUCUUAAUAGGACUGGUUUAUACUUGUACAUUUUUUUUCCUUCUUUUUCAAACUUGUUUGCUAGAAUGAGGUUGAUUUUUUGUAUUUUGAGUUUCGGUUUCACUGUUUUGAUAGUUUAAAUUUUGAUAGGUUUUCGUUGCUGUUUA